CAAAGCAACCCUUCAUAUUGAUGGCGGAUUUUGACGCUCUUUUUCUGGCCAAAUAAAUUUUCUUUUCGAGCCAAGGUGCUGUCGCAACAACGAAAGUGGACCCAGAUCUUUCCAGUGUUGCUCCGAGAUUUUCACAGCCAUGAGACGGCGCAGCGAGCGAAAAAAAUCGUCGUCGCCCGCCCCGGUGCCGGCACGGCGUAGUCGCCGCUCCCGCAAGGUGUCUGAGAACGAGAAGACCGAGGACGAAACUCUUGUCCAAAAGGAGGUCGACACGCCGGAGCCGCCGCCAGCCAGCGCCUCUCGCGAAGAAAUCAAUGAGCCCCGAGCCUCCAGCGAGGAGCCCGUCGAGUCACCAGUGCGCAAGAGUCGCUCCAGCCGCGCGACGCCCAAGAAACGGACGGAGGCCAAGAGCGGCGAAAAGAAGGUUGAAACUAUACCAGAGGAGGAAGCCGAGAACGGUCAGGAUCUGUGUAGCAAUAACGUUGAAAAGGAAAAGGAGGCGGACAGCAAAGACAGCGAGCCGGAAGUCGAAGCCAUAAACGUAUUGCCAACUAAGAAAGCAGCCAACAGCGAGCAGGAAUCCCCCGCAGAGGAAGCCGAGACAGUGGCAAUUGCAGCCGAGGAAAAGGAUGAUGGCAAAAAGGAAGGAGGCCAACCCCAGAUGGAUGCUGCCGAUGAGGAUGAUGGGAAUCACAAGGGCGAGCAGAUUGAAGAGGUAAAAGUUCCUUCUCCUUCAGGUAGCCUAACGGCCGGUAAGGAUGAGGAACAACUAAAAACAUCAAGCGAUGUAUUAGACAUUCAGAUAGAAGACGUCGAAGAAAGGGACGAAGAAGCCCCGGCCAGCUGCCCACCUGGUUCACAACGAUCAGAGCGUAGGGAUUCGAAGAAGAAACACAAGGAUCAGAAGACAGAGUCCGAAAGGAGCCUAGCCAAGAAUGAGGAUCCGGAAGAGGGAGAGCAGGAGGAGCAAAAGGAGAACCGCAAGCAGGCAGAGGAUAAGCCAGAACAAACCCAGGAAGAAGACACAGAUCUUCAAAAGGACAAGCACGACUCAUCUGCGAUCAACAACAUCAAUAGCAACAGCAGCGCCAACAUAAUCAGCACCACAGCCACCGCUGUGCUUCAGCAGCAGCGCUCGGUGAAGAAGCGCCGGUGGCUGACGAAUAAAAAGUCAUCUGAUCGUGCUCCACCAGUGCUGGCCAUUUCGACUGAUUCCCUAAAGAAUAUCAUCGACGAUGUUGUUCAGCCAGUGCCCCUAAGCGACGUGCAAUUGGACUCUUCCUCGGAGGAGGAGGGUCUCGUCACCAGCGACCGCGACUCCGACCACUCUGCUUCGUCAACCCGGGCCAAUUCCGAGGUUCGCAAGGAUCGGGAGUGCGACAACGAGAACAACGUUCCCGAAACAGGCGCAGAGGCGUCGUCGGCGGCGGACAAGGAGAGUACAGGAGCAGCCAACGUUCGAACAGCUUCCCCGCCAGCUACUGCUGACUCGGUGAAGGCGCAAGGCAAAGCCACCGUCGCUACGGCAGCUCCUCACGUAGUCCGCUCUCCUAGUCCAGCCCGCAAUCGAGCCAGCCACGUGCUCUACAUCACCAAUCUGGUGCGACCCUUCACAGUGCUGCAGCUGAAGGGACUGCUGGCCAGGACAGGCAAGAUUGUUGAUGAGGAUGGGUUCUGGAUAGAUCGCAUUAAGUCCAAGUGCUACGUUGCCUAUUCCACAGAGGACGAGGCUAUUGAAACACGCCAUGCUCUUCACGGAGUGCGCUGGCCAGUGUCCAAUCCAAAGUGCUUGAACGUGGAUUUUGGCAGUCGGACGGACAUGGACCGUGCGAUUCAAUCGACAAAGGACGAAGCGCCCAGGUAUGGACAGGAGAACACCAGGGAUAACCAGCAGGCGGGCAAUACAUGGUCUCGAUUGGAUGUUACAGACAAAAAGCCUGUGCGCCCGGUACGAGAAUGGGAUGUGGGUAAAAAGGAGCCGACUGACCACGAUAACAAGGCCAAUAACGAGCGUCGUCGAGGCGGUAGCAAGGAUCGACUGGAGCCAAGAUCCCGGGAUGCGGAACGUAGCGGACAGGAUCGCAAACGCUCUAGGGACAGGGAGGUGCGUGGAGGACGCGAACGGGACCGAAUCGUUGGCGGUGAUCGCAAUGUACCUGGUCGUAGUCGUAGCGGAUCACCUGUGGCCAAAAAUAAAAAGAAGGAUGAGCCUCCUAUCAGGCUAUUGGAUGAUCUAUUCCGUAAGACUAAAGCAACACCCUGCAUCUAUUGGCUGCCACUGACGCCGGAAGCGAUUGCAGAAAAGGAGGCAUUCCGUCAAAAACGCAUCGAAGAGCACAAGCAGCGCAUCAAGGAGCGGGAGGAUCGGCAGAAAGAGCGUGAGAAGGACCGUGAGCGUCAGCGCGAUACGCGCCGGAAUCGUUCAAAUGAACGACGACGUUCACGCAGUCGUGAUCGCGACCGUCGACGUUACUAGGCUGAGGCUAAGGCGAAAGCAAUGGCUUGAGAUUCGGCUAAUAAACGUUGAAAAUAUAACUCUCAAAAAUCGAACAUCAGCAAUUCAACAACAACAAUAGCAGCAACAAGACAGAAAUUAAACAGCAACUAAAAACUUCUUUAAAGUACUCCCAAACCUUUUCAAUCCCUUCGAGCGUUUUUGCGUUCUCAAUACCCAACGACGUUGUAAUGUUCAACUUGAAGUGAUCGAACGAACGCACUUCAAUUUGAAUAUUUCUGAAUACGUUGUUCCAUAAAUUUUGAAACUUUUUUAG